AUGGAGUUGCUGCAGAUCCUCAUCAUGUUCAUCUUGCGGUCUCCCACCCGACGCAUCACGAGAAAUUACAAGGAUAAUGCCACUAAGUUGUGCCGCAAUGGAACAGGUCAGUGGAAUCAACACAUUCAACAACACACACAGGUUUUUGUCACAGCACUUUUCACUGUGGGGGGCAGCAAGAUCUUUGGCUCAGGCACCAGACUGUAUGUAACAGGUCGUCCAGUUGUGCCGCCCAAAGUGAGCAUCUACCCAGCGACCAGAGCCGACCUGAAGGGGAAGAGCUCCCUGCUGUGUCUGGCCACAUCCAUGUUUCCUCCUCAGGUCCAGUUCUCCUGGAGGACACAGGAGAACAACGGGCCGACUUCUGAGGGAGAGCGAGUGGAGCUCAGAGAGGAAGAGCACGCCGCCGCCAUCGUGCUGAUCGAUCAGCAAGAGCUCAUCACGUAUCAAUACAUCUGCUCCGUCAAACACCAAGGGGGCACGGUGGAGGCCCUGAUAAAAGGAGUGUCCUUCCAGUUCCAGUGCAGGGUGAAGCUGCUCUCUCUGGUUUCCACAGUGAUGAUAGUGAAGAGCAUGGUGUACUGCUGUGGACUCUCUCUCCUGAUCAUCCACAGAAACAAGGGACCUGCUGACUGACUGUCCUGCAGCGCCACCUGAUGAUGUCAUCACCGACUGUCCUGCAGCACCUCUUGAUGAUGUCAUCACUGCCCUCCUCUUCCUGCGGUCUGUCAUGGAGCUCCUCGUCUCUCCAAAUGCUUCUGUGGUCUUGCUGCUGCUUGUUCUAAAGGUUCCAACAGAGAACAAACAGGAAACUCCUGGUGUCAAAGGCUCUGAAUCAGCGCUGCUCUUUAUGUCCUUCAGUUUUGGUGACGCUGUGUUUCUGUUGUGUUUGCUUUGUUGGGAACUGAUUCAAAGAGCAGUUUUCAUCCAUCAGAUGUAAAAUCAGUCAGUCUGCCUCAUAGCUCAGUUCACCUGUAUGAAACAGGCAGAAAUCAUAACAACUUCAUGUCAUGUUUUCCUUCUUUGUCCAGGUUGUGAGUUUGACAGUGAACAUGUUUGAUGUGUGGACAUGCAGAAUGGAUUUUAGAAGCACAGCUCUGUCUGUUUUCACCAAGAAAUCUCAUCCAUUAAAACAGUUCCUGCACAGAA